CACAACCAAUGGAUGGAGGUUGCAGUCUGCAAAAUACUACGAUUGUUCUCUGGGAGGGUAUUGCAUACAGUUAACAGUGUAACCUUUUAUAUGACUGAGAGGGAAGGCUAAAAUGUCUUCAAGUGGUACACUAAGUAACUACUAUGUGGAUUCUCUCAUAGGACAUGAGAAUGAAGAGGUCUAUGGGGCCAGGUUUCCUCAGGGAGGUCACACUGCGACCUCCAGGCCAUCAGUUGUUGGGGACAAUCCUGAUUUUUCCUCUUGUAGCUUUGCAUCAAAAUCCAGCGUUUUCCCCACUUCCUGGCCAACGGUGCAACCCCAAGCUGCUGCAGGAAUGACAGGGAUCUAUCACCCCUAUGUGGGGCAGACCCACCUGGCAGCAGACAGCAGCAGCAGAUACACGGUGCGACCCUGGUUGGAGCCCAUCUCCAGCUCCACGACCUCUUCCUCUCCCUCCUCCUCCUUAUCCUGUUUCCCUGGAUUCCAACCCAGCGGUCGCAGCUACAGCAUUAAACCCGAGAGUGCAGCAAAAAGAACCGAAUGUUCUUCUUUGGAAUCCCAGAGAAUCAGCCUCCCAGACUACACAUGCACCCCAGCCUUCCCAGAAAACACAGAAAAAACCCCAGACAAGGAGCCAGCAGCAGCCACUGAGGAUCCAAAUAAUAGCUGUGAUCUAAAGGAGGAAAAACAACAGCAACAACAGCAACUUGAUCCAAAUAAUCCUGCAGCAAACUGGAUCCAUGCUCGUAGCUCUAGAAAAAAACGUUGCCCUUAUACCAAGUACCAGACUCUGGAACUGGAGAAAGAAUUCCUUUUUAAUAUGUAUCUCACUAGAGAUCGAAGAUACGAAGUAGCUCGAAUUUUAAAUCUUACCGAAAGACAGGUCAAAAUUUGGUUCCAGAACAGAAGAAUGAAAAUGAAAAAAAUGAAUAAGGAGAAGGGGAGCAAAGAACAUUAACAAAUUUUAAAAAUGCACUCAUUUCUUUUAUUUUGUGUGUAAUAUUUCCUGGAACAUUUAAAUAUAUAUAUAUUUGGGUCUUUUCGGCGUUAGAUGUAAAGGUGUUAAUGUGUAAUUCUGCAAACCUUGUUUUUAAGUCUCUGCGUGUUUUAUGAUGCAGGAUUUAACUGAAUUGGUUAUUUUAUGCAAUAUUGUUAUUGCACGUGGUUUUUUUUUACAGGUAGAUACUGUUAGUAGUUGAAAUCAGAAAUCGGUAUCAAGAUAGUGUAGUAUAAUUCUGAUCGAGAAAUCCUAGCUAGGGCUGCAUUAGGUGUGUAUGGCAAUGUCCCUUUAAACCCCCCUGUAAAUGCAAUAUUUUAAAAUAUAAUUGCAGAAUGUGCAUCUUAAAACGAAUGCCUUUGGUUAAUAUUAGUUUUUAAAUUGCUUUAUAUCGACGAAGAUUUAGAAAAAAGGCCCAGGGUGAAGCUUAAUC